UUGUGAAAAGGAAGGCUCGGCCAAGACAGAGGCUUUCAAGAAUGAGUAGGAGCUCAUCUAGAAGGAAGAGGGAGGUAUCCCACAGAAUGUGGGACUGCAUGAGCCAAGGCACCGGAGCCUAGAAGUGAAGGAUGCACCUUGAUGAUGUCCAGUCCUCCACUGUGACAAGGGCAUCAGGUAUACAGACAGGCUGGAGCAGAAGGUAGGGUGAAAAGAAGAACCUGUUAAAGACCCCUCUUGGACUACAGAAGCAGAAUACAAUUGCUGAACAGCAUCCAGGCAAGCAGAGGAGCAGUCCCCGCCCCUAGACGGUCCCCACCUUGUGAGGCUGAAGUUGAUUGGCAGGCUUUAAUGAGGCGGGCGGGAUCAGUUUCCAUGGUGUGAACACAACAAGACAGGCAGCUAAGACUCCCUUGCAACGCUGAGCGCCGCAGAUUUCAAAAGACAUUGUUUUUUUGGUCAUGGAAUUGACCAAACUGUCCGACAUGACAAAACUCCACCAAGCUGUAGCUGCUGGGGACUACCAUUCAGUGAAAAUGAUUUUGAAGAAAGGUUUCUGUGACCCAAACUACAAGGAUGUGGACUGGAAUGACCGAACCCCACUUCACUGGGCUGCGAUCAAGGGACACGUGGAGGUGCUGAAGCUCCUGAUAGAACACGGGGCCAGGCCCUGCCUGGUAACUGAUGUGGGCUGGACCCCCGCUCAUUUCGCAGCUGAAUCGGGCCAUCUGAACGUGCUCAAAACUCUCCAUGCCCUGCACGCCGCCAUCGACGCCCCUGACUUCUUUGGAGACACACCAAAGAGGAUCGCACAGAUCUAUGGGCAGAAAGCCUGUGUAGCAUUCCUGGAGUGGGCUGAGCCCCAGUGCCGGGCCCACCGCCAGGCCACCAAGCAGAAGGGGCUGCAGCUUGAUCAGCGGGAUGAAGACUGGGAGGCCAAGAAGGGGGAGCUGGAGCUGUCUCUUCCUUCCUCGAAGCAAAACGCUAAUAAGAAAAAGAAUAAGACUCGAGGUGCCACCAGGCUCAGCAACACCAAGGAGAGGAGAGUGUGAGAAGGCUGGUAUCCCAGGAACUGGAACUGGGUUUUCUGGCAGGGGACUCCUUGGCACCAGACUAGGUGUUGUUUGGUGUGAGUUGUCCUGACAUGAUUUUAUUCCUAGAUCAUUAAUUUCCCACAUGGCUUCUACCGAUAGCUCCUGACCUGUUGUUCAAUCUGGAAGUCUGGCCUGGGGACCCUCUACAUGGGCUGUCUCCUCCUUGCCCAUACCUGCUGUCCCUAAGUAUUACCAAGAGGGGACAAAUGUCAGCUACUUGCAUUUUGUCACCAGUGAUUUGCACUGACAGCAUC